GGAAGGGGGCGGGGUCCCGGGUGGAGGUGCCGCGCCCUGGGUCUGCCCCUCUGGAAUCUGCGCCGCCUGUGAUCUCGUGACUUUGGUCAUAAGGUCACGAGUACGGGCUGAUCCUGCAGCUGCAGUUCCAGCAUGGCCUCAGAGACGGAUGUACGCGCAAAGCUGCAGAGCGCAGGCCAGGAUCACCUCCUGCGCUUCUGGGCCGACCUGGCUCCGGAGCCUCAGGCCGCGCUGCUGGCGGAGCUCGCCUCCCUGGAGCCCGACGCGCUGCGUGAGCACUGCCAGCGCGCCUCGGCCGCCUGCGCACUAGCCCCGGGUCCUCUGUUGGACCUGGAGGCGCGCCUGCAGCCCCUGCCCCCAGAACGCGUGGGCAGCGCGGUCCGCUGCGACCGAGAGACACUCCUGCGGUGGGAAGAGGAAGGAUUCCGACAGAUUGCUCUGAACAAGGUGGCUGUCCUGCUGCUGGCCGGUGGGCAGGGCACUCGCCUGGGUGUCACCUACCCCAAAGGCAUGUAUCAAGUAGGACUGCCCAGCCAGAAGACCCUGUACCAACUGCAAGCAGAGCGGAUCCGUCGUGUUCAGCAGUUGGCUGGUCAGCGACUGGGGACCCACUGCACCGUGCCUUGGUACAUCAUGACCAGUGAGUUUACACUGGGACCCACAAUCAAGUUCUUCAAGGAACGUGACUUCUUCCACCUAGACCCCACUAACGUGGUGCUGUUCGAGCAACGCAUGCUACCUGCUGUGACCUUUGAGGGCAAGGCCAUACUGGAACGGAAAGACAAAGUUGCCAUGGCCCCAGAUGGCAACGGGGGCCUGUACUGUGCAUUGGUUGAUCACCAGAUCCUAGAGGACAUGAAGCAUCGGGGUGUAGAGUUUGUGCAUGUGUACUGCGUAGACAACAUCCUGGUGCGGCUGGCUGACCCAGUCUUCAUUGGCUUCUGUGUGCUUCAGGGAGCAGACUGCGGUGCCAAGGUGGUGGAGAAAGCAUACCCUGAGGAGCCGGUGGGUGUGGUGUGCCAGGUGGACGGUGUCCCCCAGGUGGUGGAAUACAACGAGAUCAGCCCUGAGAUUGCUGGGCUGCGUGGGGCUGAUGGGGGCUUGCUCUACAACACAGGCAACAUCUGCAACCAUUUCUUCACCCGAGGCUUCCUGGAUAUGAUCACCAGGGAGUUUGAGCCCUUGCUGAAGCUGCAUGUGGCUGUGAAGAAGGUCCCAUAUGUGGAUGAGGAGGGAAAUCUGGUAAAGCCGUUAAGACCGAAUGGGAUAAAGAUGGAGAAGUUUGUGUUUGAUGUGUUCCAGUUUGCUAAGAACUUCGUUGCCCUUGAAGUAUGUCGGGAGGAGGAAUUCUCCCCACUGAAGAAUGCUGACACAGCCAGCAGCGACAACCCCUCCACCUCCAGGAGAGCCUUGUUGGCUCAGCACUACCGCUGGGCUCUGCAGGCUGGAGCCCACUUCCUGGAUGUACACGGGGUCCAGCUUCCUGAGCAGUCUGGAUUGCUCCCAAAUGGAGACCCUCCAGCCAUCUGUGAAAUAUCGCCCUUGGUGUCUUACUCUGGAGAGGGGCUGGAAAUGUACCUGCAAGGCCGAAAACUCCAGUCUCCGUUCAUUCUGGAUGAGGACCAAGCCAGGAUGCUGCAGCUACAGGAGUGCUAACCUGCUUGCUCACAGCCUCACCAGUCCUGGCUCUGAGAAAUGCUGGCCUGCAGGACACCACAGGGAGUGUGCUAGUUUACUUCACAAGGUUGGGACUUCCUGGGUUCCCCAUGGAUUCCGGUUGUCUGUGUGUGUAUGGUUUUUGUUUGUUUGUUUUUGCUUCAUUGCUGGCUCUGGAACUCAGCUGAAAGGCAGAGAGUUGGAGAUCUUGGGAAAUGGAGCUAGAGGAGUGCAGGGUAGAAUGAGGGAGGUGUUGUCUGUGAAGGCCUCAUAGGAGAUAACCCUUCCAGCAUCUGCCCUGCCUGCACACAGACCAGCCAUAUGCUUGCUCGGCAGACAGUGAUAUACACCUGAUGGGGGUGUAGUUAGAAGACCCCCCCCAUCUACUCCCAGGUAGCAGAACCAUAACUGGAAUAAGGCUGAGCAUGUUACCUACCCCAUGUACCUAGAUGGGACCAACCAAAGAAGCCUGAUGCCCAUGGUUAAGAUUGUCAUUGAAAACCCUGAUCCAAGCACCUGAGAUGAAAGCAGUUCUUCCUGCCUUCUAUAGAUUCCCCCACUCCAUGAAUCUCCCAGUCACACCCACAAGUGGACCUGGUUGCUGGGUUCUAAGUAUCCCCCCCCCAAGAACCAGAAACCUACAGCUUUUCCUAGAGCUUAAAGCCCAGGCACUCGCAUGGAGUUGUGGCAUAUGUAAGUGGUGCAGCUCUAUUGAUUCACAGCUGUUUUCCCAUGCAGGAAAAUGGAGACACCAGCCCUUCCCUUAUAAUGUAAUAGUAGUUAGGAGAGGCAGCCUGCUCCAGAUAUUAGCUUUCCCAGAGGAGGUCACUGGGAAGUGUGUAUUCAUCAUGUGGGUACAGAUCUGGGAAAGAUGGCAGGAUCAGGCCCACACCUGCCAUUGUUGGGACCAACAUGUAGAAGCUGGGCUUUGGCUGGGCUCUGUGGACACCUUGCUGUACACCUCAGAAGUAAAUGGUAUAUCUUGGCACCUUCUCUUAUUGAUCCACAGGCAAGCCAGGGUCCCCUAGGAAGGAAAGAUCAAAGGGAGGGAGAUCAAGGCCCUAGGGUCCUUCUGAGUAAGCAGUCAGUUGGGUGGAUUCUUGAAAGGAUAAAAAAAAAAAUCAAGGAGGUCUCCAUGUCCUAUUUCCUUGGUGACUGCAGCUUAUGUGAUUAUAAGACUGUCAAGGUAUGGUAUUUCAAGACUUCACGUGGAUAUAGUAGUGUUCCCCUUAUUCACUCAAGAUGAAUAAUUGUCCCCUUACCACAGAGCUCUUUUUCAGGCCCCUUCUCCAUAGCAUAGCCCCGUAUUGUCCUGAGAAGGCUACUGAGUUUUGAAGGAGUGGACAUCUUUAGUUUCACAGAUUGGACUUUUGCAGUAAAUCCAGGUUGCAGGGGUUUGUAGGCAGGGUCUUGUGCAUCCUUGGCUGGCAUUGAAUUAGCUACACAGAUUAGAGUGACCCUGGACAUCUGAACCUCAUGACAAGGUGCUCAGUUUGUGGGGUAGGGGAAUGGAAUCUAGGGCUUCAUUUCCAUGGUAGUUAAGCCCUCUACCACCAGCUCCACCUUCGGGCACAGUUUACUCAUUUUCAUGACAUAGAGGUGGGAAUGGGUAGAUCCAAGGGACAGGACUUUAGGAACAGGAGGCUGCCCAAAACACCCUUCCUGCUUCUCAGCUCCUAAGACAUAGGACACACCAGGGACAGAUGGUGGCUCACUCACAUGUGCUUUCUUUUCUGAUAAACACCCUUAUUCUUUCAAUGAUUGCAGAAAGCAUCUCCUGAGGGCAUUGCUAGGAUUAUACACAGGAAUAUAAAUAACCAAGAAAACCAGCAGGACCCUGAGUACAACCUCGAGGAGACCUGAGACCAGUAGGGUUUUCAAAUUCCGGGAAACCAAAGGCCAACCAGGCUUGCCAUAUGGGGAGUUCUUCAGGUACCCAGAAAUGCACAGCCAGGUUGUACAUCUUAAAUGUGCAGCUGGAACUAGGUGUGGUCCAUGGUGGCACAUGCCUUUAGUCCUAGCAUAAGGGAGGUGGAGGCUGACCUGGUCAACUAGGGAGUUCCAAGCCAGCCAGAGCUACAUAGUGAGGUCCUGUCUCAAAAAUAAACACUAUGUAGUUAGGCCUGGAGCAAACAGUAGGUAGAGUACCCCUAUGCCAUAGGCUCUGCUUUGCAGUUUUGAGCAUUUACCUGGAACCGUGUAUAAAGUGAACUAUGUAGUUUGACUUAAGCUUCGAUCCCAAAUCCCUGGGGCCUUGAGUAAAACCUCCCUGUUAACAUCUUUUACCCCCAGAGCUAGCAGGAAGGGCCUAGCAGUGGCCUUAGGUGCACAGGGCUCUAGUCUAGCCAUAUUCCUUUUAUGAGGAAGCAGGCUGGGCCUGUUCUGGUUUUCCCUGUGUAGAAGACUCAUACUGAGCCUUACAUGGAGUAACCCCAUUUCAUACAAUAAGAGCUUACUCUUUGUCCAUCUCAAGUACCUAUCAAACUCAUCACUUGUCAGAAACCCAUCCCAGAAAAUCAUCAGAGCUGUGUGGACCUGCUCUCUGCAUCUGCUCCUUGCUCUUGCUUUCAGCUCUGAACCCUGAAGCCUCUUUAACUUUCUUAGGCAUUCUAUAAUCUAUAUGAUUGUACGACACAAAGUAUGUUAUCUGAGAAUUGUGGUAGUAGGAAUUAAGAUUGGAAUGUAAUAAAGGAACCCAGGAACCCGUGA